AUGACCGAGAGGGCUUUGGCAGCACCAUCAAUAAGUGAAGAAUUUAUUAGUUUUAAGGCCAUGAUGAAUAGUAAUAAUAGAAUAGAAGGCGAGGGUAAUAAUUAUAUACUUAAUUCAGAGAAUAACAUUCUUCAUGGUAAUUUGAAAAGAAGAAUUAAACAAGAAGAACAAAUUGCUGAAUAUAUUAUAAAGAUUAAGAGUGAAAGGGAGAGGAAUCAUCCUUUGACAAGAGUAGGAAAUUUUUUAAAUCAUGGUGUGUUUAAAGUUGUUGGAAAGUUGAGUCAAUUGCUGGCUUUUAAGGAUGAUUUAGAGUUUAUUGGAAACUAUGAAGAAAGAUUCAAGUCAAUUUUAGAUUUUGCAGAAAUUGAACACAUUUCAAUCCAAUAUUUGAAUAGCUCAAAGAGAUCUCUGACCACUCCAAGAUAUUUGAGGGCUUCAAUUUCUCUUACCCAUUCGUUGGAUUCUCUCACAACUGAACAGCAAAAUGAAUCAGCUCAACAAAUAGCCAAUAAUCUUAAUGAAUUAUUGGGAAGUCAACUUAUCAAAGGAAGGGAUUUCUUCCCAAUUGAAGUAAUUUCAGAUAGUCAUUUCGAAAUUCAAUUUUCACCUCUAGUUUCUGCAAGAGUUGGACAAACUUUGAAGAGUCACCCAAACGUACACUAUGUUGAAAAGGUCCAUCAACUUGGCUUUUUCAAUAAGAAUGGAGUUUCCAUCUCACAAUCAGUUAAUGCCAACUCUGUGGCAAGAGCUAGUCCAUUCUAUGAUCUUGGAAUUUAUGGAGAGGGACAGAUAAUUGGAUUGAGUGAUACUGGUAUUGAUCACGAUCAUUGCUUCUUUAGAGAUUCUUCCAAUGUCAAUGUCUUUGAUGAAAAUCAUAGAAAGAUUGUGUCAUAUAAUACAAUUACAUUCCAAUUUAAUAAUCAAAAGAUUACUACAGAUUUUAAGGAUGAUGUUUCUGGACAUGGUACUCACGUAGCAGGUUCCAUCUCUGGCUCAAUGGAAAAUACAGAUUUUUCUGACACUGUCAAUCAAUAUCAUGGAAUGGCUCCAGCUUCAAAACUAUUCUUUGUUGAUAUGAAAGAUUCAAACAAUGACAAUAUGUUCAUGUCUAAUGAUUUAACAGUUCUCUUUAAACAAGGAUAUAAUUACGGCGCAAGAAUUUUCUCCAACAGUUACGGAACCUCUGCUUCUGUCUAUGUUACUUGUUCUUAUGAUUGUAAGAAUUGUAGAGUGGUCAAUGCAUUUGAUUCAUUCAAUUCUGGUGAUUCGAUUACUGAUGCCCAGUGUAACAGAUUGUUUGGUUCUGAAACAUGUUGUUCCAUUACAAACUUUUACACUUCUUCAGCUUAUAACCUUGACAAGUAUUUGUGGGAUAAACAGGAUGCAGUUAUUCUCUUUGCUGCAGGAAAUGAUGGAGCACUCGCCAAACAAGGAACUCUCACAGAGCAAUCAAACUCAAAGAAUAUCAUUAGUGUUGGAUCAUCUCGUUCUUCAAAUAGUGGAAUUCUUACCUCACUGUAUUAUGAAGAUUACUAUACAAAGAUUAAGGAAGCAUCUCUAAAUUUUGCUGGACCUGAAGAAUGUUGUUUAUCAUUAUCUACCAAUGUGAGAUCAUACUGUUGCCCAAGUUAUGUUGAAAAUCAGUUUAAAGAUACUAAAGCUUACAAUGAGAUGAAUAUCGCUUCAUUUUCGAGUAGAGGACCUGCUGAUGGAGGAAGAAUUAAACCAGAUUUAGUUGCAGUUGGAGAAAAUAUUGUGAGUGCUCACUCUGAUGGUAUAAUUACUACCAAUCAAUGUGGAACUGGUCGUCCAAAAGAAGGAAACGAUGCUGCUCUUCUUUCAAAGAGAGGAACUUCAAUGAGUACACCUCUAAUGGCUGGAGCUGCUGCUUUGAUAAGACAAUAUUUACAGAAGAAUAGAGGAGUUUCCAACCCAUCAGGACCUUUGAUUAAAGCUCUCUUGGUCCAAUCAGCUGUUCCAUCUAAAGGAACAGUUUCAUUGAAUGGAGACGAAACUGAUAGAGUUGAGCUAAAUGCCUAUUUUCAACCAAAUCCUGUUGAAGGUCAUGGUAUUGUUUCCUUGGGAUCAUUGCUGAAAACUGAAACUGGAAAUGAUGUUGGCUUGACAUUCUUUGAAAAUUCGUUCACUGCCUCCUCUCAAUCAUUCAAAUUAUGUUACAAAGUUGAAAGUGCAAGUUGGAUCAAAGCAACUUUAGCUUGGUACGAUUAUCCAAGUGAUAUUUCUUCUUUUGUUCCACUCAUUAAUAAUUUGGAUUUGAUUGUAAAUACAUUCACCACUGAUGGAACAAGUUUCAAAAAUCUUGUAGUGUAUGGAGGUAAUGAUUUAGGAGCAGUGGACACUGUAAAUAAUUUGGAAAAGGUUAUUGUUAAUUCUUUGGGUGCAGCUUCAUAUGUUAGUGUUGCAGUUUAUAUGAAUCAAUUGGCUUCAGUUACAACUAGUCAACCUUAUGCUUUGGUGUUGACAUCAACAAAUGGAACUCUAGUUCAGGUGAAUGAAGCAUUUUGUACAUACUCAAAAGAUGUUCCUCCUCGUGCUUUUAGACCAAAUAUUGUUGCUGCAAUUGUUAUACCAAUUGUUUUUGUAAUUGUAUUCACCAUAAUUGUUAUAAUCAUAAUUAUUGUGAUAUUGAUCCUUCGUUUUACAAAAAAGAAUGAAAUCCAAAGAAAAAAGAGUGUCAAUGCAGCUGCCAUCAGUGAAAGUGUCAUGCCAGAAAUGCAAGAUUUUACUCCAACUUAUUAA